AUGAAGAAGGUAAAGCUAUCUUUGAUAGCUAAUGAAAGAUCAAGGAAAACAUCCUUCAUGAAGAGGAAAAACGGGAUAUUCAAGAAACUCCACGAGUUGUCAACUCUAUGUGGUGUCCAAGCUUGUGCUCUCAUCUAUAGUCCAUUCAUACCGGUUCCAGAGUCAUGGCCGUCAAGGGAAGGUGCUAAAAAGGUAGCUUCAAAGUUUCUGGAGAUGCCGCGGACAGCCCGAACCAGGAAGAUGAUGGAUCAAGAAACCCAUCUUAUGGAGAGGAUUACCAAAGCAAAAGAGCAACUAAAGAAUUUGGCUGCUGAGAACCGAGAAUUACAGGUUAGACGAUUUAUGUUUGAUUGUGUUGAAGGCAAAAUGUCCCAGUAUCGUUAUGAUGCAAAAGACCUUCAAGAUUUGCUAUCUUGUAUGAAUCUAUAUCUCGAUCAGCUUAACGGAAGGAUCGAGUCCAUUAAAGAAAACGGUGAGUCGUUGUUGUCUUCCGUCUCUCCUUUUCCUACUAGAAUUGGUGUUGACGAAAUUGGUGAUGAGUCGUUUUCCGACUCUCCUAUUCAUUCUACAACUAGGGUUGUAGAUACUCCUAAUGCUACCAAUCCUCAUGUUCUUGCGGGCGAUAUGACUCCUUUUCUUGAUGCGGACGCAAAUGCGAAUAUGAAUCAGGUUCAAUACCAGGCUCCUAAUAAUCUGUUUAAUCAGAUUCAACGAGAAUUCUACAACAUAAAUUUGAAUCUGAAUUUGAAUCUGAAUUCAAAUCAGUAUCUGAAUCAACAACAAUCAUUCAUGAAUCCGAUGGUGGAACAACAUAUGAAUCAUGUUGGAGGGCGUGAAAGCAUUCCUUUCGUGGACAGAAACUACUACAACUACAAUCAACUACCAGCCGUUGAUCUUGCUUCCACCAGUUACAUGCCUUCAACCACCGAUGUUUAUGAUCCUUACAUCAACAACAAUCUCUAA